UGACGCCUGGUGGCGACGAGCCAAUUGCAGCGUUGUUUGAACAAGUCCUAUUGCUCAUACACGCGCGGUAAGCCUCGCCUCCUCCACUUGCCCGCAAGACUCGACCAGAGAAAAAGUACAUUUCAUGGGUACAAAAAUACUUUUUAAAUCACCAACAAGACGCAGAAACAACCAUGGACGCACUCGUUGGUGCCAUUGACCAAGGUACAAGUUCGACGAGGUUCCUGGUGUUCAACGCCAAGACGGCCCAACUGAUUAGUCAGCACCAAGUCGAAAUCGAGCAGAGCUUUCCAAAGGAAGGGUGGGUCGAGGAGGAUCCAAAGGAGAUUAUACAGUCAGUCUAUGAAUGUAUGGACAGGACGUGUGAAAAACUGCACCAGCUCAACAUUGACAUCAGCAACAUUAAAGCGGUGGGCGUGGCCAAUCAGAGAGAGACAACAGUGGUUUGGGACAAAGAAACAGGAGAACCUCUUUACAACGCUAUUGUUUGGUUAGACCUGCGCACACAGUCUACUGUGGAGAGACUUAUUAAUAAAACACCAGACAAAAACAAGAAUUACCUCAAGCACAAGACAGGACUUCCCAUCAGCACCUAUUUUAGUGCAGUGAAGGUCCGCUGGCUGCUAGACAAUGUGGAAGAGGUGCAACGGGCUGUGUUAAGUGGACGCGCCAUGUUUGGCACUGUGGACUCCUGGAUCAUCUGGUGUCUGACAGGUGGCAAGGAUGGAGGAGUUCACUGCACUGAUGUUUCUAAUGCCAGUCGCACCAUGCUCUUCAACAUUCACACCAUGGACUGGGAUCCUGAGCUGUGCAGGUACUUUGAUAUCUCGAUGGAAAUUCUCCCCAAAGUCAAAAGCUCUUCUGAAAUCUAUGGCAUGAUGAAAACAAGCAACCUUGAAGGAGUGCCGAUCUCUGGGUGUCUUGGUGAUCAGUCGGCAGCUUUGGUUGGUCAGAUGUGCUUCCAGGAAGGUCAGACCAAAAACACAUAUGGGACCGGUUGCUUCAUGCUCAGAAACACAGGACACAAACCCGUGUUGUCAGAGCACGGCCUGCUCACCACCGUAGCCUACAAGCUAGGGAAGGAGCAGCCUGCUUGCUAUGCUUUAGAGGGCUCUGUGGCGAUCGCUGGGGCGGUGGUGCGAUGGUUGAAAGACAACAUGGGCAUCGUGCAGUCAUCCUCAGACAUCGAGAAUUUAGCUGCCACAGCAGGAACGUCGUAUGGUUGUUAUUUUGUUCCUGCUUUCUCCGGACUUUAUGCUCCAUAUUGGGAGCCCAGUGCACGCGGCAUCAUCUGUGGUCUCACACAGUUCACCAACAAAAGCCAUUUGGCGUUUGCUGCUCUGGAGGCCGUCUGCUUCCAAACCAGAGAGAUUGUUGACGCCAUGAAUCAGGAUAGUGGAGUUCCUCUGCUGCAGCUGCAGGUGGAUGGCGGCAUGACAUCCAACACGUUACUGAUGCAGCUGCAGGCUGACAUCCUGGGAGUGUGUGUCGUGAAACCUUGCAUGUCAGAGACCACGGCCCUGGGAGUCGCCAUGGCAGCAGGGUCCGCAGAGGGUGUCAACGUGUGGAACCUGAGCCCUGAUAGUCUUCCUCGCAUCACUUGUGAAAAAUUCGAGCCUCAGAUCAACUGUGAUGAAAGCGACUUCCGCUUUGCUCGCUGGAAGAAGGCUGUCCAAAGAUCCAUGAAUUGGGAAACCACAGAGUCCGACUGUACUGACGGAGAUAAGCAGCAUUGACAAAUCAGAAUGUUUUGUGGACAGAAACAUGACAUGAUCGUCUAGCAGUACCAAUUGGAGUGAAGAAGCGGAGGACAACUUCAGUUUUUCUGGAUCGGAUCAUGUUUGGUGUUUAGACUUACACUUAAAGAGGAUCGAUGGUGGUAGUUUUUUUUUUUUUUUUACUGUAGUGUAGAGAAUGGUAAUUGUACUCUUUUCCUGUACAUCAGCACUGCAGCUUUUUUUGGUUGCCCUUAACCAGGGGUCUUCAAUGUUUCACAGGCCAAGGACGCCCAAACUGAUGGUUAGAAGGCGCGGGGACCGCCUACUUAUACACAGUAUCCUAUUUAAAAAUGUGAUUGUUUGAAACUGACCCUAAGGUUCUUUGCUAUUGUACAACACUAAAAUAUUCAAAGAGUACAGUAUAGCACUACUAAUCGCUAGCUAUCUUAAAUGCUAACAUGAAUAGAAUAGAAUUAGUUUUGACUUAACCUGUGAGGUAUAGUGAGUAGAGUGGCUACGUCACUGCCAUUUAUAAAUAAUGAUUAAGGUGCAUUGAAAGACAUUCACGGAAAAAUUGGAGCAGGAUUUAAAAAAGGAAAAUAAAUACAUUUAUAAUCAACCCCCCGCCCAUCUGUGGCCUCAAUGGGGGUCGUGGACCACCUGUUGAAGACCUCUGACCUAAAGCUAAUUAAAAAAACAUGCAAUUAGGGCCACAGAGAAAAAGGUUUUGCUGUAGUGUUUCCAUCCAUCACAGGAGUUAUAUUCUAGAACGCCUUGCGUUUGGCGAAUUUCAGCAAAGUCAGAACACUAUCAUUUAAAUAUGCCCAAAGUGCAGCGCGGGGGCCAUCUGCAGCACUACAGCAAAUGCAGCACAUUGUAAAAAUACUAUAGGUGCCCGAAAUAAUUGAUGCACAUCCUAAUAAGUGAUUCUUAUUUAAUUGAGAUGCUGCAGAUCCUGUAUCGAUCUGUCGUGAAGAAGGAGCUGAGCCAGAAGGCAAAGAUCCCAAUUUACCGGUCGAUCCAAGUUCCCAUCCUCACCUGUUAUGAGCUUUGCAUUAUGACCGAAAGGACAAGAUCACGCGUACAAGUGGCAGGUGGCGAGGUUCUCCCUUAGAGGAGCCAGAUGAGGUGACUCGGACAUCUGGUCAGGAUGCCCCCCAAAUGUCUCCCUGGGGAGGUGUUUAGAGCACGUCCGACCACAGGAAAGACAGGACACGUGGGGGACGCUGUGUCUACCAGCUGGCCUGGGAACGCCCCGAGAUCCACCAGAAGGAGCUGGACAGGGGGAUGGGGAGAGAAGUCUGGGCUUCUCUGCUUGGGCUGCUGCCCCCGCGACCCAACCUCUGUAUAUAUAUUUUACAUUGUAUAAUUAUUGCAUUUAUGGGAAUGUGUCCAAGCUUGACAGUUGGUAUAAAACCUGACAUUUUAAACGGAAUAUGGUACAUCUAGCAACAUUUUACAGUAUGCAAGUUAGUCAAGUUAAGAGCGGCACAGCAUGAACACAUUGAUUG